ACACUCUCCUGACCAGUCAUCUCUAACCACCGACGACAUGGCAACCACCGGUAUACCACGCUCAGGCCCUGUUGCUGAUGUUGCCUGUUCGAGUUGUCGCCGGCUGAAGAUGAAAUGUAUCGGAUCCGACAAUCCACCAUGCUCUCGAUGUGCAAAAGCUGGGCGUGAGUGCGUUGUGCAACGACCAGCUCGUACCAACCAUCCGUCUGGAACGAGCACUCCAAACUCCCAUGUUCGCAUGAACGGCCCUUCCUCUCAUUUGAGAGCUGAGGAGCGGGUAGCCAGAAUCAACUCUCACGAUGAGCAGCCCGGGCCAAGACAUCAUCAUAACUUCUCACCAAUCAACUCUGCUGUUUCAGUAACCAAUGAGCCGGCGUUGCCAUCAACAUAUACAACUCCACCUUAUUCAACGGUUUGCAACCCACCAGAAGGAUCCCCCAAUCACGUCGCAAAAGACAUGGAUUCUCACAUAACCCGGAAGCGGAGAAGGAUAGGCCCUGCUGGCCAACCUUCACUAUCACUCAUCCCGGCCGAUCCCAACAAUAAUCCCAUCCCCGAGAGGGAUAUCAUUCAAUAUAUCGAUAUUUUUCGAAAACGUCUGCUCAAUUUCAUCCCGGUCAUCGUUGCAGAAGAUCUCGACACCGCUCAAUUGCUAUCUACAAAGAGACAACUCGCUUGGUGCAUCUGCUACGUCACAGCACGCUACAUCCCUGGAGGAGAUUUAGCAAGGGCAAAGCUCGUCCCAGCUGUUGCAACAAUUCUCCGAGAAAUGAACUUCCUGCCGAAAAGCGAGGACGAAGAAUGGACGAUGCUGCAAGCCCUAUCCGUGCUUUACGCGUACCGGCCAUCAGGGAAUGGAAUCUCCAUCGGCGAUAGCACUUUUGAAAUUUCACAGUGGACUAUCAAGGGGUAUAUUGAAGCAUACGCACUUAAUCUUGGUGUCCACCGGUCAAUAUCGACUUUGAAGGCUUCUACUCGGUCAGGAGGUCCAGAAAUCAUUUCUAGUAUUGGAUUCAAGAAAUAUAUUUACUGGCUCUGGCUCUUCAACACGUCUCACCACUAUUCUGUAAUUACAGGAACACCUCCAAGCAUACGGGAAGAUGCUACAAUUCGAAUAGCUCCCGAAAUCCUUCAAGGGAUGGAUGUUUCACCUUCUGUCUUACAAGUAUUAGCGGAAACUGAAUUAUGUCUUUUGUGGGGAAAGGCGGGUCUUGAAGUUCCUGGUCUUAGUGAAUGGUGGUGUCCCGCCGACCUCACAGAUGCCCCUUCAAAUAACGUCGAGCCAAGCAUGCUCGACAAAGUGGAUACCCUCCUUCAAUCCUGGUCCGAGAAAUGGACUUCGUUCUUCCCUUCAGAACCUCUAGGUCAAGACAUAGAUUUCCAUUUCCGCUUCACUCGCUUCUGCCUCAGCACCUACUCGGUGCAAAAUCUCAAACUCGUUGGUGCCAACGGCUUGAGUAAUUUUCAGCAAGACGCUCUGAAUAGAAGUAUUGCAGCAGCUGUUAGUUUCUGCAAAUUAACGUUGGAAUUGGGACCGGCUAUUCGGGAUGCGGCUCGGUACAUGGCUGACUUUGGCUUCGUGAUGAUUUCAUCCGCAUGCAUUUUCAUCGUACAAGCUUGUGAGAAUUUCUACUCGAGCGUGAACGGAGCGGCAGACUAUUUGAGCGAUGUGGAAGCCGUUGCACAGAUGCUAAAGGAGUUUGCUGUUAAUUCUAACCAAGGGCCGAGCUUGCAGGCUCGUGUUAUUUUGGGGAGAUUACAGAAAAUGAAUGAGACCAGGUCUCUUGUCGGGCCUAGGGAUAUCAGUAAUAGACCAGGAGAGGAGAUAAUGGGGCAAGAUUUUCGGUUUGGUCAUGGGGGUGAGGAAGGGUUCGUGAAUGAUCCGCUGUGGAAUUUGCUUAAUUUCUUUCCUGAUAUACCUUUAGUAUAAAUGAUCAAUGUUUCUAGCCUUGCUCAAAUAUUAUUUCAACUAGCUUAUAGUAAAUUAAACAACUCCUCACCCAG